AUGUCCUUUACAUCUGGAAUCUGGGACUAUCCUUCGCCCUCUUCCAUCACUCCUCCAAUGACGGCAUGUGCCUCUUCCACCUCAGUAACUUCACCUUCAUCUUCACCACGAGACUCAACUUUCCAAGUUCAGUCACAGCCAGUGUCUUUAGAAUCACCACCCAGGUUUUCUAUUUCGACUCCUCCAGGGACGGUUGACCCAGCGGAUAUUUCAACAACUCCUGCUCGUUCCAGCAAGAAGAAGAAGGCUUUGAUGCCUGUUUACCACGGCCCGUACCGAGAAGAAGACGAUUGGACAAAGGUCUCAGAUCCCAAGGAAAAGAAGAGGAUACAGAACCGCGUUGCCCAAAGAACAUACCGUCACCGUAUGAAGGCACGCCUUGGCGAGCUACAAGCCCGACUGGAUAGCCACGAACGGAACAAGGCUCAGCAGACAGAAAAUUUGGAGAACGUCGAUUCAUCUUCGACCAGCGGAUCUGUUAGAGGUUUUACAGCUAUCAACAAUCAGAUCUCCGGCGUCGAAUCAUCCCCACCUCCUAUGCCCCAGGAUAAGACUCCCAUUAGCCAAUCCCAGGUGCAGCAGCCAGCCAUGUAUGAACGGCCUGCCCGGCGCAAACGCAGCCCUCCCCCGAAGCCAAUGGCCUGCUCUCUCCUCUGGGUCAACCCCCCUCAGAACGAGUUUCCAAAUCUACAGCAAGAGGCCCAUUUCACUCCUUCUUACACCCCGAGCAAUGCUGCGCCGCCACAGCCUCUAGACAACUUGGCCCAACCUGAGCAUGCCCAGUGCUCAGAUUCCUUUUCCCCUACCAAUGCGGAGGCUAUGGAGUUCUCCUACGAGUCCAGCGCAGACUUGUGGAAGACAGAUACCAUACCCAAGAGUCGCCCUCCGCCUGCAUCUGACAAUGCCAUUACUUUCCCACCACUUCCUGCUGCCGCUACUCCCAGCGCAGUUCUAAACAGUCCCGUUCCCGAGAGCUCCAAUCAAAACCUGCGGCCUGCGCCUCAGCCAGUCACCCAAACUGCUUUAGGAGAGCGCAUCGGAAGUAUCAUGGAGGCCGUCCAGGCAGCUGGAUUUGAUAGCUUUGACGCCCUUGUCUCUGCGUAUUACUGUGAUACGUUUGGAGAAGCUUCUUCUCUGGCUAAUGAACAACGUCUGAGUCGCAAUAGGCGGCUUCCAAAGGUGAUUGCCGAUGUGUUCCAAGCAACCAAAGGAUGGAGCACGUGGGAACGCCGUGGGUUUCAGGAGGAGAUACUCAAAACCUCCGAAGCUAUGUUGAUAUCAGAGGGCGACGGCGCUCGGUCUUCUGUAAUGUCCAAGAUUGAGCCUCUACUAGACUCACACGACCCAACUAACCCGGAUGCCACUGCGGAUGCUCUUAUCAAUCUUAAACGAUCUAUUCAAGAUGAGCUACCCAAUUCAUGGGCUCUAACAAUGGCUCUGGCUUCUGGCACCCGCAAUUCCUUUCAAAGAGACCGCUCAAAUACAGCCCUGGCAACAACUCUCCUCGUCAAUUUCUCAGGUCGGAUGCCCAAAGAUCAGCUGCUCCAGAUUUUGUGUGCAUGUCUUUGA